AUGGAGGACAUGAACGCGUGCACUCAGUGCGGCUUUAUGACAAAUAAUUUUGCUGAUUUUAAGGAGCACAUUGAGCAGCACGAAAGUGAGCGGCAUCUUACUACCACAAAUACUAGUCGGCAGGAAUGGAACGAGGAUUUAGACGAGUUGUCAUCGACGCCGAACCUGUCAUCCCCCGAGCAGUUUUCUCCGGCUGCCGCCUCCUCACCACCAAUCUCCGGUAAUAAUGGCACCUCCAAAGCAAACACCAACAGCAGCAGCAACAGCAAAACUGUGCACGUUUGUCCUCACUGCAAUUUUGAAACCUGCAUGUCGCAGCAUAUGAAAAGUCACUUGGAUGCACACGAACGCCAUCAAGGGCAAAUGUAUCAGUGUGAUAUUUGCCAUAUGCAGUUCAGUCAGAAAGCAAAUAUGCAUCGUCAUCGAAUGCGGCAUACCGGUGUUAAACCAUAUCAGUGUCGGUACUGCCUAAAAAAAUUUUUUCGGAAAGAUCAGAUGCAAGAACACUCGAUGACUCAUAUAAAGACAGGUGCCGAUUUUGAUUGUCCAGUUGCCCUUUGUGAUAAACAGUUCAGUCAACACUCAAGCUUGCGAACACAUCUAGACGAAGCGCAUUCUAUCGCACCUUCAACGCCGGCAUCAUGUAAACGGUGCUCACUAUUAUUUGCAAACUCACGGCGACUUCUCUUGCACUACCAAACAAAACAUGAUGAGGGUGAUACAUCAAACGUUGUUGUAACGUCGCCAGUAAAAUCCAUAUCUGAGAAUAGUGUAAAGGAUAUUUAUGCGCUUGCGUCACCAGUGUCCAAAAAACAGCGACGAACAAAUGCUCAAACUAUCGUUGCUGCAAUCCAGGAGCAAUUGAAAUUUAUUAAACAAGAGUCCAUGAAACCGUCAAUUAAUGAAGAUAUGUCUCGAUGCAUGGAUUAUGAGCAGACUGGAUAUGGUAUGAUGACAAAUGAAGAAUGGUUAUUGUCUCUAUCACAUAUCAACACUCCAACACUUAUUACACCGGAAACAGCACUACAACAGUUAUGGACACGAACUAGUAAUGCUGGUAGUGAGAACACGGAAGAUCAGUCUCAUUCUCCCUCAGUUGAUAGCGGAAGUAGUAGUGCCACCGAUGGUGAAGGCGGCGAUAAAGAGCAGCAGGAAUGCAUGCAUUGUGGGAUGAUUUUUAUGGACCAGACAUUGUACCUUUUGCAUAAAGGGUUGCAUUCCGACUCAGAUCCUUGGAAAUGUAACUUGUGCGGUCAUGGUUGUGGCGAUAAAUAUAUGUUCACAACACAUGUUAUCAGUUCCGAUCAUAGUUGCUAA